GGUAUUUUGAACUUACAAGCUGAAAAUGCCAAGCAAUGCCCGAAUUGACCGGUGUCACCCGGUUUAAAUUCAUACUCUUCUGAUGCUUUAAAAUGCCGCUCAUCAUCAUCCGCGUGGACACCGCACAACGCAACCGGCAGCCGAACAAUUAACACCAUCAUCUGUAAUCGGUAUCCUUAGACCGAACCAGUUUAAUGGCCCCAGCGAAGAAACAAAAUGCAAAAAAAUCUAAUGGGAAAAACAAAGGCAGAAAAAAGUCGUCCGCCAAAAAAACCGAAGACAGUGUUCCACAACCUGGCUAUCCGUACGGGGCUGAGCCGUGGGUAGAAGCGCAACCAAUCACACUGCCGGAAACGCCGCCUGGGCACAUUCGAACGGUCAUACCCACUGGCCAGAUUAUGCCCACAUGGACGUUGGUCGCCGGAGAAUUAUUACGUCAAAAAAUUCGUGACGUCAAUAAUGAAGCGAUGAUUAACGAUGCGAAGUGGCAGGAAAAUGUUCGGUUUCUCAAAGAUAAAAUUCGCCAGUUGAAUGAAGACCUAACCAAGCAAACAGCUACGAACAACUUCAUGCAGACUUUGUUGACUGUUAACGAAAAGGAUGCCGGUGGUGCCAUUCAGGAAUUAUCUCAACAAGGAAAGAAUUUAGAGGCACAGCUGGAAACGGUUGAAGGUCAUCACAGAAGGCUAACGGCUCACUUAAAGCAACAAAAGCAAACCGCAGAUGCAAACAGCCAUGCUUCGAUUAUUGCAUUGGAAAAAGAAAUUUCCGCCAGAGAUACAAUUCUCCAGCAACUGACCGCAGAACACUUGGAACUGCGCCGCCUGGAAGAAGAUCGAGACACUCUGCAGUCAUCGAUCGGCGAGCUGCGUCGAAUGGUAUAUAAGAGUGAGAAAGGUCAUCAACGUAAACUCAUGAUGGCCGAUCAGCGGCGUCGCACCGCGCAGAAGAAAGCCCAGGAAGAUGCCGAAGCUAAGCUGCAGCAGCUGGCGAAACGAGGGGCCAAAGCGGCACUGGACAACAUCGCGCAACAAACUCAGCAGACAGAAAAUGAGACAGCCGAAAGCAGCUUGUCAUUUCGUUGGAUCUGCGAGAAGGUGCGAAGGAAGCGCGAUGAAGUGAGCGAUCUGCGAGCGCUGCUGGAUGAACUGAUACUGGACCAUGACGCCGUCGUAUCCGCCUGCGAGGGGAAGAUCCGCGAAGGCAAAAGGUUACGCCGGUGUAUACAGCAACUCGCCGAUGUUAUACAUGACACGGAAACGGAAAAUAAUACCGCUGCGAUCGAAAUGCAUCGCGACUCACAGGACAUUACAAGAGCCAUUGAACAUACAUUUUACGAUCGCGAUAAACAGAUCAAUAUCUUGACAGCAACGAAAACGGCAUUGCAGACCGAGUUGCAAAAGGAAAAACGCAUCGUUCGUCAGCUCAUUACCGAGCGUGAAUUGGUGGAAAACUUCCUCAUUUCCAGUCUAAUGGAAGCAAGAAAAAUGAAGACUCACAUUAACAGCGAUCAAGAUCGCGAAGCAGAAAGAAAUUACUUUAAGCAAUUGUGUUCGGCAUGGAAAGGUCACCAGUCAUAUCCACCUUUUCAACUGACGCAAAGCAUACAUGUAAAUCAAACGCUGUUGCGCUAUGCGAGUGCCAGGAUACCGUUUCAUGAGGAUAUUUCCCAGCUUAACUGGGCAGAAAAGGAAACUGUUCUGCACAUCUUGUUUCGUUACCUUUGCGAAUAUCGUACUUACGGACGAAGCGGCACACCUGUUAAAGUACAUCGCAAUAAAAUAUAA